UUUUUGCUGACUGACAAAUUAAAUUCAAAUCAAAUUAAAAUGUAAGUUUUUUUAAAUGAAUAUAAACACAGAAUUAAACCCGUUUUAAUUAAUGCAACACAUUUAAGUAUCAUGCUUUGACGUUACAUAAUUAACCAUAAUAAUAUAAAAUCCAGAGCCCAAAGUGAGAAGCUAUUAUUUUUUUUUUUUUAAUCAGUUUGCUACCAUUUAGACGUUCAGUAAAUAUGCUUUCCAGUAAAUAUGACAGAGCCUUUGUCAUGUAUAUGAGUGUGUGUGUGUGUGUGUGUGUGUGCUGUUAUCUGAUACCUGAACAGACUGCUGUGAGGAGCAUGUCCACUGACUGUGUGAGGUCACUCUCAGACAAAGCCGAACACACACUCACCAUGCACGAACAUCUCUAUGGGAACCCUGAAAUGGACAAUCAGAAGCACAGCUCCGAGGAACAUCAGCAGGACAAACUGGGACAGAAGAAACCCCGCAGGAAAGACACUCCCGUACUCAACAGCCCUCCGCUCAUACCAGGCAAGACUCUGAUUUCUGUCGUCCUCACACCCUCUCCAUCAGUCUCUUUGUCUCAGGUCUUUGCGCUUUUCUUUUUUUUUGCAGGCGUGAGAUUGAUGAAGACAGAGGCUCGAAUGAUUCAUCAGGAGGAUGAGGAGAAGGAGAUGAAGAAGUAGAUGUCUUUAAAAACAUUGUUUUCAGUCUCGUCAGUGUUGUUUUUGAUCGUCGUCUGAGCCUUCAUUAAAUGUAGGUUUUGCAGAUA